AAAACUUCCACCAUAACAUGUCCCAGCUAGCUCCCAUUAUUUGUGAUAAUGGUACUGGAUACUCUAAGAUAGGUUUCGCAGGAAAUUCAGAUCCAUCCUUCGUUUUUCCUACCGCUAUAGCUACUAGAGGGUCGCCUACUCAGUCCUCUCGCGCACCCGCAGUGCCGUCAAAGCCAGGCCAUCUCGCAUCUAAACGUGGAGUGGAGGAUCUUGACUUCUUUAUCGGUGAUGAAGCAUUGGCUAAUGCGAGGACUCCCGGAUACGGUGUUCACUAUCCCAUCCGACAUGGUAUGAUUGAUAAUUGGGAUCAUAUGGAACGAUACUGGGAACAAGUAAUCUUCAAGUAUCUGAGGGCAGAGCCCGAAGAUCAUUAUUUUCUCUUGACCGAACCUCCUCUCAAUCCUCCUGAAAACAGAGAGCAGACCGCAGAAAUCUUCUUUGAGUCAUUCAACAUCAAGGGCCUUUAUAUCGCAGUACAGGCAGUCCUGGCACUUGCUGCAUCCUGGACAUCACCACGCGUAAUGGAUCGUACGCUGACUGGAACCGUUAUCGACUCUGGCGACGGUGUCACCCAUGUCAUUCCUUGCGCGGAGGGUUACGUUAUUGGGAGUGCUAUCAAGCAUAUUCCCAUCGCUGGACGGGAUAUAACCCAAUUUGUCCUCAAUUUAUUGCGAGAACGUGGAGAAACAACGGCUACUCCACCAGAAGAUCAACUCAAGAUCGCUAGCAAAGUGAAGGAGAACUACAGUUACGUGUGCCAGGACAUUGUGAAAGAGUUUAGGAAGUAUGAUGCGGAACCCUACAAAUACUUUGAGCGUUUCGAAGGGGAACACAGUGUCACAGGACGGCAAUACUCGAUCGACGUCGGCUAUGAGCGAUUCCUUGCACCCGAAAUAUUCUUUAAUCCUGAGAUUUAUUCUUCGGACUUCCUAACACCAUUGCCUGACAUCGUUGACGACGUGAUACAACAAUCACCUAUCGAUGUUCGUCGCGGUUUGUAUAAGAACAUCGUUCUGUCCGGUGGAUCUACCAUGUUCCAGCAUUUUGGAAACCGUCUCAAGCGUGAUCUCAAGCAGCUGGUUGAUCGUCGAUUGGACGCCAGUGUCUUGGCUAGCGGAAGUACAUCAAAGUCAUCUGGUGUCGAAGUUGAUGUUAUAUCCCACAAACGCCAGAGGUAUGCUGUCUGGUUUGGAGGCUCCCUAUUGGCAGACCUCCCUGAAUUCUACACCUCGUGCCACACCAAAGCUCAAUAUGACGAGAUCGGCCCUAGCAUUUGCAGGCGUUACCAAAUUUUUGGAAGUGCUACGCAAUAG